AGGGCAGAGACGCUAUCACAAUCAUCAGCUUCACAGUUAUCCAACAGGCGAGUUUUGUCGCCUCCCUCCGUGUGAAGUGGGCCGGCCCUGCUUGAAACUACUCUUACUUUGAAGUUCGCAAGUUAUUCAACUUUUUCCACGAUCAGCACUUCAGUGGCUCUUUCUUGAUUAGGUUUAUGCGCCCCGUUCUGUCACAAGAUGUCUUGGAUCUGACCUGUGAUCACACUGACGCGCGAUGGCUCCUUUCGGGAAAAACUUUCUGAAGGCGCGUUUGAAGAACAGGUCUAAGCCUGUAGAGGAAACACCAGGCAAGGAAAUCCAGGUGCUUGUGUGUCGAGAAGAAAGAGUAGUCUGUGGCGUGACCAAGCACACAACUUGCGCAGAUGUAGUCAAGGCUUUAUUGGAGGACCACCAGACUUUACCAGAGAGUAAGAGGCUAUUACAUGGGGAACCUAAAGACUUCUGCAUCCUGGAACAGUGGAAGGGCUUUGAGAGAGCACUGCCACCUCUCACUCGAAUUCUUCGGCUAUGGAAUGCUUGGGGUGAUGAGAGACCUUUCAUACAGUUUGUCCUCAUGAAGGUCAGUGAUUUUGUGCCAUCAUCCAAAGGAGCCAAAAGAGCCUCAAAGUCUAGGGGAGCAAAGUCCAAAAGAUGGGAGCAAGGACCUGCACAGUACACCAAGACUGUAUCUGCGGAGAAGCAGAAGCGCAUGGUGAAGAAGGCCUUCCGCAAAUUGGAGAAGAUCCAGAAAGCAGAGACAUCAGAGGGAUCAGAAGAGAUCAGUAAGCUGGUGCAGUUGAUCAUCUCACAGGAUCAGACCAUCCGGCAGCAGAUUCACCAAAUGCAUGAGAUAGACUUGGAGAUUGAACAUGCAGAGAAAGAACUGAGGAACAGCCCCACACCUCGCUCCAGCAUCACAGAAAGUGAUGGCGGCCAGUCGUUGUCCCAAUAUGACAGUCAGCUUCAGGAGUACCUGCACACCAGUGAUGGACUCGACCAACUAGAACUACAUGUUUGCAGGCACCAAGAACUCAUUGAUCAGCUCUCUCGAGAUAUUGACUUGGAGCUGAGGAACUGGACUUCAGAUUUAAAGGACUUGAAAGGAGCAGCAGCAGCAAGUCCAGAACUAGAGCUAGAAGCGAACCUCUCAUUGUCCACCUCAGAUCUCUUAGAGCUGGAAAGCUUAUGCAGUGAUCUUGAGUCAAGCAUGAGAGCUGGCCUUUCCCUUUAUGCCCAAACUCAGGAAAUCGAGAAGGAACUACAGCGGAACAAAACAGACCUGCAGUCCCAGAACCAAGAAUACCAGUAUCUGGUUGCUCAACUCAAUGCACUUGAGCUGGGGGCCUGUCCGGACCAGCCUAACACUGUAUCUCUGAAGACCCAGAUCAGGGCCACUGUCUCUCAGCAGACAGUAGGCAAGGUCAGGCUGAAAGGCUCUCCUACAGAUGCGACAGACACGGACUCAGACACUGGUAUAAGCUCUACUCACAGUCAGGACUCGCUGUCUCCCUGUGUGGACAGAUCACCUCCACUGGACACUGACGUUUAAGUUCAGGAUUAACUAAUUGUGUUUUUAAGACUUAUUUAAUGACCCCCAACUAAGAAACACACUUUCUACCCAAAAAAUCUGUCAUCAUUUACUUAGCAUUAUGUCAUUCCAAACAGAAGUUAACCAUUGAUUUCCACUGAAAGUGACAUGGCAUGCAGCCAAGUAUGGUGACCCAUACUCAGAAUUCAUGCUCUGCAUUUAACCUAUCCAAAGUGCACACACACAGCAGUGAACACACACCCGGAGCAGUGUGCAGCCAUUAUGCUGCGGCACCCAGGGAGCAAUUGAGGGUUCAGUGCCUUGCUCAAAGGCACCUCAGUCAUGGUAUUGGUGGCCCGAGACUUGAACCCACAACCUUAAGGUUAGGAGUCAAAUGCUCUAACCAUUAGGCCACGACUUCCCCACCGUAUGGACAAAACACAUUGAGACAUUUCUCAAAAUAUCUUCAUAGAAGAAAGAAAGACGUAUGGUUUUGGAACAAUAUGAGGAGGCAGUAAAUUAUGGCAAUUUUAUUUAUUUUUAUGGUUGAACUACCCCUUUAAAUUAAUUUGUGUGGUUGCAGUUAUACUAUAUAGAUAUUGAUGCAUAAAUGAACUGUGUGAGUUUAUGAUUAUCAUCUUUAGUUUUUUUCUCUUUAUUAGAAUUCAUAUGCAUGUAAAUUAUGUAAAAUAACUUUUAAAAACUUUGUCAAUAAGCUGAAAAAAUAUUUCAUUAAUUUUUAAAAUUACCCCUCUGAUAUUGUUUAUUUUAAAUCCUGCUGAUAUUUAUUAAGCCCAUAUUUUACACAAUUUGAAAUAUUUUUGUUCACCUAAAUACAAAGUUUAGUUUAU